AACCAGUAAAGUAGGUUAAAAUAUCAUUUUAUUCAACAUUCUUGCUUGUAGAAGUCGUGACAGCAAACGUUCCUUAUUCAAACGCAAAUUUCUGCCCGACGUAGAAUUCAAUGCAAUUCAUCUUCGGGUUUCCAGGUAGGCUAAGGGUGGGGCAUAGGCUACUAUUAUAAAUUACAGCGUUCGACUUUACACUUCCUGUUUCACUGUACGCUGGAUACGAACACAUCACACAAUGGCGACUAAUGAAUGGAAAAAAAGAUGCGAGACAGAGUGGAAUAUCAAAGACAUUUCGCUGCCCGACAGUGUGGAUUGGAAGUUCGUCUACGAAGCGAAGCCGUUCGGUCGAAAUUUGUUGAGGAAUCCUGCGCCUCACGGUAGUUACGUCACAAUAUGUCGAUUUGUAUUGAUAGUGGUGUAUGUUUACUGCAGCUGUGGUGUUAGGUUUCACCGGAAUAAAAAUUAAAAGUUGUAAAGCUAAUAUCAUUGAUCUGGCAUAGUACCUUAGUCUAUGUUAGACAUAUCGGAGGCAAGGUUUGCCAUAGGGGGCAAGGGUUUUGAAAAACUCAAUGGUACAUAUUACGUUUUCAGGAACACUACAACAUAGAGAAAGUAGUGUAGUGUUUGAACAUCAAUCGUUGGUUUUCUUUUGUUUAAAACAGGUUUAGACUAGAGAGUAGGUCAGUGGUAUUCAAACUUUUUCAGCGAGGACCCCAUUUUUUUCCGCAAGAAUUUCUCGCGACCCCACUCCAAAUCUAAUGACACAACUUUAAAAUCGGUGAAUGUCGAUUUUUACAUCAACAAAUCCCCUUAAAUUCAUUGCAUUUUCAUCUCUUAUCAAAAUGAAAAGAAACCAAUAAAUACAUUUACUCAGUGAAAUUGUGUUUUUCAAAAACGUUUGUAUAUUGUCCCAUACAAUAAUCUGUACUCUUAAUCUUUUGUUAAAUUUGUAUAAAUAUGGGUGUAAAUGCAGUUGCCAGUGGGGUCACGACCCCGACUUUGAAUACUACUGCUGUAGGUUAAAGUCCUUGGUUGUUAUAUUGACUCUGUCUUUCUCCUUCCCCACCCAGGUGUGAGUCAGGACUCCCCUCCUCCCGAGCGUGAACUGACAGGGUUUCCUCCAGAAGGACCUCCUCGCUCUGAACCAGAGGGUACAUACUUACAGUAUACAAGAACAAAAUGUUGGCUAUUAUUUCCAUUUAUAAGACCAUAAAGCAAUAGAGGGGUAGACCUAAUUGAUUUCUAACAUGAAGUGAAAUUCCUUUCAUGAUUCAUAUCUUUCAAUCUAUAGGUGACUAUACCGGCUGGACCACCAGCAGAGAGGACCUUGGUUAUGACGCCAGCGGCGUACCACCGGGUGUCACCAUCUGUUACCUGCCUAACUACAGGUGACGUGAGCGACAACUAACUGUCACCUUUGUUCAAAUGAGCUACCCCUCCUUACCUUGUCAUGGGCCUCACUAUCAGUCAAGCUAGUCGUAUAACCACUCCCUCUAAAGGCACAUUCGUGCCUUAAUUCACAAUUAGUUAAAAUCACACUAUGCACACCAAUGAUGUAGUUGGAAACACUUAUCUUCAUCUAUCUUUUUUACUACAAAACAUAGAAACGUGCAAUUUUACACGUUGAUGUUGGGGUGGUGCUGGAGAUGAUGAAUAUGAAGUUAAAAAAUUGUGACAUUUCUCUUUAAGCCUUGCCCAGAGUUAAACACAUUCUCAUUGGAGAUUCUUAAUUGAAAGAGCUUUUUAGUCCAAGACUAGUCUUAAUCUGGGUGCGGCCAGUAAACCAGACCUAAAUGCUUUAAGUCUUAUCAGAGGCGGUGAUAGAAAGAUACUGAAUUAUCUCUGACUGGUGCUGUGUUUCUGUGUUCUCAGCUGGUUUACCUUGGAGCAGAGAGUGGACCUGAAGGCUGAGGGAGUAUGGGACGAGCUGUUGGAUGGUUUCCAACCUGACAUCGUCAUCAAAGACUGGUGGGUUUCAACCUGACAUAGCCUAAGCAUGCAUUCAUGACUCAUGUUACAUUACUAUGCGUCUAUGUCAACAUCACAACUUGGGACUCCAAUAAUGUUGCAAUCAGUGUAGUGUUUCACUACCUCUAUCCAGAACCACAACAUUAUGCAACAAACACUGUUAGAUCGGCUCUUCUUGUAUUCAUAUUUUCGUUCUUCAUACAUAGGAACAGUUUUUGACCUUUGACCCCUGUAGGUAUGAGGAGAGCCAACUGCACGAGUCCAUCUACCAGCUGCGGGUCAGAUUGCUGGGAGCAGAUGGACAGACAGUCAUCUCAGAACACACCGUGAGCCCCACUGAGGAGCUUAGUGAAUACUCCCACAACUGGAAAGAGGUGGGGCCUAGACAUGUUUUGUUAUGAGUUUCUAUUAUACAUAUUAGCUUGAAAGACUGAUUUUGUUUGAUCAUUUUAUAUACUUAUUUGUGCAGUAAGUCAUUUUCUAACUGUCUGUCUAUGUAGGUGUCCCAUGUGUUCUCAGGCUACGGGCCUGGGGUGAGGUAUGUCCACUUCCUCCAUAGACUGAAGAACAAGUUCAUGGUGGAGUUCUUCCCCACCCUGGUCACAGGAAGUACUGUCCUUGUCAAGCCAAGCAAAUUCAGCCAAUAGAAAACUUUCUGAAGGACCACAAUGGAUACUUUGGGAAGUGAUAUCCACAUUAGACCAUGCGUCCAAUGUCCAUAUUUACAGUCAUUGGUAGUGGAAAUUUAGAUCAUAUAUUGGGUUAAUUUUACAUUCUACAUUACAAAGUACUUUUUAAAAUAAAAAAAUAAACCAUCUUUAAAAUGAAAAACAUUGAUAUUCUUGUUGAGAACCUUCAUAUUCUCAUGGAAAUGAGUCAAGCAUUUUGAUUACACUUCAUUUGACAUCUUUCAGUCUGCCAUUUACAAAUAGACCUACAUGAGCAGUGAGGACCAAUCUUCAAACAGCUGUAUUAUAUAGCGCUAAUAGGCUCAAAUGCAACUACAUUUUACAUCAUUUAGCAGA